AAUUCUCUUUCCAAAAUGUUGCAAAACAGGAGACGAGGUUACUAUCCCACUUUCCCCCACAAAGCCACAGCACCUAUUGAUUAUUAACGAAGACAAAACAAAAAAAGACAGAAGGUAGACUUGAAUUCACAUUCACCCACUCUGGGCUUCAUUGACCACAAGAGCAUUGAAGAAUACAGCAGGAAAGAUGGUUGAAGACCCCAGAUUGCGGCCUGUCUUAAUCUUGAUGGUACAACUGUUUUUCCUUAUUGUUGCUGCAGAAUCUAAAGGUCUCCUAGGAAGCCAACAAUGCGCUGAAUUCCAGUCUGCAAGCCUCUUGCGCGGUACCAGUCUCAGAGUUCAGUUUCUUCUGUUCACCUCCUCAGACCCCAGCUGCGGACAGCUACUUUCAAUAAGUGAUGACAUUCGGAACUCCAGCUUCAAUGCCAGCCUGGGCACUAAAAUUAUUAUCCAUGGUUUCAGGGCACUAGGCACAAAGCCUUCAUGGAUAGAUGGGUUAAUUAAGACCUUGCUACAGUCAUCUCAAGCCAAUGUGAUUGCCAUUGACUGGGUUCAUGGAGCCACAGCAGCCUAUCCCACUGCAGUGCAAAAUGUUACAAUGCUGGCACUGGAAAUAUUAAGUUUCCUUUACAAGUUGCUGGCCCUGGGAGUGCCAGAGUCAUCCAUCCACCUUAUUGGGGUGAGCCUUGGAGCACACGUUGGAGGCCUCGUUGGCUAUUUCUGUGGAGGCCGCCUGGGAAGGAUUACUGGUCUGGAUCCUGCAGGCCCCAAGUACACCAGAGCCAGCCCUGAAGAGCGCCUGGAUCCUGGAGACGCUCUCUUCGUGGAAGCCAUCCACACAGAUACAGACAAUUUUGGUAUCCGGAUCCCUGUCGGUCACAUUGAUUACUACAUAAACGGAGGCAAAGAUCAGCCUGGAUGUCCUCGAUUCAUCUCAUCUGGCUAUAACUAUGUAAUUUGUGAUCACAUGAAGGCGGUGCAUUUCUACAUUAGUGCCUUGGAGGAGUCUUGCCCUAUGAUGGCUUUCCCUUGUUCCAGUUACCACAACUUCUUGGCUGGCCACUGCUUAGACUGUGCUGAUCCAUUUUUGUUCUCUUGUCCCAGAAUAGGACUGUUGGACAAUGCAGGAGUCAGUCUGAGAGAGCUGCCCAGAGAGGUCAAAGUUUACUUGGCCACAGCGGCAGCUGCACCAUACUGUGUGUAUCACAGCUUGGUGGAAUUUCACUUGCAGCAGAGCAGGACUUUGGAUAUCAGUAUUAAGAUCACCUUCCUCAGUGGCAACUCCUCAUUCAGCACCACCAUAACCAUACCCCAGCAGCAGACCCUGGGCAAAGGCCUGCUGACUCACUCUGCCCCCCUGUGCCAGAUGGAGAAGGUGAUGUUGCAGUACCAGUCCAGGGCCUGGUGGAAGAAGAAGGACAAGGCCCCUGUUACUGGCCGCUUCUGUACUGCUCCCCUGCCAGUAUAUACACGUGAGAAGACAUUCUGCCUGCCUCAGAUGCUGACUUUGAUGAGAAGCAACAACCUUCCCCAUGCUCUGGCCAUUGUCUGUGACUAGCACAGCUUUGCCUGGAUUUGGAUACAGAGGUGAUAACAGGCCCCCCAAGGAUGAAGACAGACAUUUUCUUAACUAAAAUGUGGUGGAAGUGAUUUCUCUGCCUUGAAAAUAAAUACCUCAGAAGGCUGUCAGUGGAUGUCUAAACCACUUCCACCAUACUUUAGAAUGCAUGUCUUCUCCCAAAGAUACUCACUUUUGCAAUAUGGAAGAAGGCCAAUUCAAAGUGCUGGUUCUCACCUUUAAAACCCUUCAGGACUUAGUACCUGAUUACCUGCAGGACCGCCUCUCCUGGCCAGUCCUGUCCCAUCCUGUGAGAUCUUCUCAGGUUGCCCUUCUUUUGGUCACUGGUCUCAGAGAGGUCCAUAGUACUAGGGCCUGUGGAAGGGUUUUCUCUGUUGCUGCCCCUUCACUUUGGAAUUAUCUCCCCCACCAGAUUCGGUCUGCCUCCUCCCUUUCAGCCUUCAAAACCUUAUUGAAGAUGUUUCUUUUCCGCCAGGCUUGUGUGUGUGUGUGUGUGUGUGUGUGUGUGUGUGUGUGUGUGUGUGAUUUAUUAUUUCCCCUCCCCCUUAAAUCUCAGAUGCUGUUCUUGUUUGUACACCACCCUGAGUCUGUGGAUUGGGUGGUGUAUUAAAUCGCUUAAUUAAAUUAAAUCAAAUCAAAUCAAAUAUACAACAUGUGUAUAGAACUGUCAGGAUGACAAGGAAGCACCUUCAUUGUGUUCAACUCCUAUUCCUCUCUAGGGUCUCAAAUACAUUUUGCAAAUUGCAGCAAAAGCUGUCCAUGGUGCUGACUGGUUGCUUCUCCCCCAAAAUGGCACCAAGACGCACCCUCAGUCCCAGAACAGCCACUUUCAAGAAAGUUUCUCUUUUUUUCCAUUAAUAAGGCAAUAAAUGAGCAGGUAAGUACAUGAAUUUUCAUGUGCUGCCUUUUAAUAGGUAUUUAUAUAUAAAGGCCCGCUUGAAGCAUGGAGAAGGGGCAAGACUGGCAGCUGAGCCAGCAUAACCGGUAGGAACAUUUGUCAUUUCUGUUGUGAAGCCAGCUUAGAACCGCUGAAGAACACUAUCAGCUCUUUUACUAGUACAUCUGUCUUCACCCAGCUAUUGAGAGAGAGAGAGAGAGAUGAGUUUAUUCGGUCAUUGACCUGCAAACUAUUGAAAAACAAGAACAAAACCCUAUGAGUUUUAUUAUUAUUAUUAUUAUUAUUAUUAUUAUUAUUAUUAUUAAUCAUCAUAUUUUUAUACUGCCUGGUAUGUACAUCUCUAGGUGGUGUACAAAAUUUAAGAUAUUAAAAAUAUCACAGAUUAAAAUACAUGAAACACAAUAAAAACAAUAGAAUAAAACAUAUUAAAAGUGUUAAAAUUAAUUCUAAUUAAAAGUUUGCAAGAACAGGAGAGUCUUGAGGGUCUUUCUGAAAACAAACAGAGAAGGAGAUGCUCUUAUUUCAGCAGGGAGCAUAUUCCAAAGCCCUGGGGCAUCGACAGAGAAAGUCUAGUCUUGAGUCACCACCAGACAACCUGGUGGCAACCAUAACCGGACUUUUCCAGAAGAUGGUUAUCAGGCAGCAGAGUUCAUGACAAAGAAGGCACUCUCUUAAAUACCCUGGACCCAAGCUGUUAAGGGCUUUAUAGGUGAUAACCAGCACUUUGUAUUUCACCCGGAAACACAUCGGCAGCCAGUGCAAUUAUUUCAAAACUGAUGUUAUAUGAUUUUUGCUUCUGGGAUAUUAUCUGCCACCAGAGAGCAAGGUGACUGACACAGCUACAGGAAAAUAAAGGUUCUAAGCACAGAAGGGAAGAGUUUUGCAUCUCUUGUGCUAUCAAGGCAAGUGUGUUGCUACAUAAAUCUAAUCACACAUUUUCCUUGGGGCUUCAUCAAAAGUAAUCCAUUUACUUCAGAAAAACAUUUGGUUCUUCUUUUAAGGCUUUCCCCUCUCACUAAGUACAUCAGGAGCGCUCUCAACUCUGCCCAAGGAGUCACCACAAGGAGAUAAUGUUUUAGGGAGGGCUGCAUUUCUUGUUUCAAAGCUGAACAAACUUGGUCUGCAUGGUGUCUGUUAGAUAUGCAUUGUUUCCAGAAGAUGAACUCUUGACUGGUGAUUUUAAAAGGUUCAUUAUCCCUCAGCUCUUGCUUCAUUUGAUACUUAAUAUUCUAUUUUCUCUUUUUGGCACCAAGGCAAGGAACCAUUCAAAGGCCCACCUGUUUAUUGAAUAUGACUGAAUUAAAUCACAGACUGCGGAAGAAUAUAGAUACUCAGGAUAUGGCCCCUUUAAAGUUAUCAGUCCAAAGAAAUGAAAUACUGGCGCUGUUCUCAGGAGCAGCCAAGUCUGAGCUAAAGCAGCUAAGCCCAGGCUUGGCUGCCCGUGGAAGCCGCCAGGAGGCAUGUGCCUCGGUGCAAAUCCAGCUAAGAGUCUGGGCUCUUAAACAACGUUAAUGGAGCGAGCUUAACCCUUAAGCCCAUUUACUUGCUCAUGUGUCAUCAACGGCGGCCUUCAGCUGGUGCUGAAACGCUGACAGGUGCCCGCCCAUCGCUGGGGCAUACCCACAAUGCACCACACACUUGUGUGGUGCAUUGUGGGAUCCCCAGAGGCUGGGGCAAUGAGUCCCGGCCUUAGAGCAAUCUGCCCUGCUCCAUUCUGCAUGGAGCAGUGCUGAUUGUGUGGGAGCUCGGAGCGCACUCCCAUCAGGCUUACAAGGAUCGGCUGGGGGGAAAGGCAACGUUGGGGAAGCCUUCCCCCUGCCUGCCCAGUAGGUCGUGUGAAUGGCCUCACUGUGUUUAAAGAACCUUGGCUUUAUUAAAUCAACACACUUGCUCAACAGUGAGAAUAUGCAGGAAUGUACCUAAUACAAGUGCCAAAUAUUGUUUGCUAAAUAAUAGUGCCAAAUAAUAAUAGUGCCAAAUGUUGUUUGCUAAAGUUCAUAUGAAGAUUAGCUGAAUGUGCAAAUCCACAUUAUCAAGAAGAAUAUAAGGGAAAAAUUCAGAAAGUGGAUAUCAAGCAACUUCAAAAAAUAUUAUAUCCCAGUGUGUUCUCAGCAAAGAUGCUAUUCAUUGGGAGAGAGCUUUAAAAUGAAAAUAAGACAUUGGCACCCAUACUGCACAGGGAACCGCCUGUCAAAAGGGGAUGCAUGCCCACGCACCAGCCACUGUGAAGCACACUGGAGGAGACUGCGGAGGCAGGUCGCUGCAUGCCUACGAAGCGUUGAGAAAAGGCAGUUGCAAUGGUGGCACUCCCAUCAUGAACAAUGGAAGUACCGUUACAACGGCAUUUCCCAGUGCUUCGUAGGCAUGCGGCCGCCCUCCACAAGCUGCGCAGGCCUGCUUUACCGUGGCUCACAAGGAUCACGCUCACCUUUCCCUUUGAUCGGUAGUUGCCUGUGCACACGAUGGGAACAUUAACGAUUAAAAAGUAAUCAAACUCUAAAAACGUGUAUAUAACAUUUGCAGCACCUAGUUCUAAGAUGGUAUAUCUAACUUCUACAAAUAAUUAUAAGGCUUUUCAACCAAGGUAAUCUAACCAUUGGCUGAUAAUGAAAGUGAGAAGAGUGAAAAUACAGGCUAGAGAAAGGCUGUUAAAAGUGAGUCACAGAUAGGCCACUUUGUGUUCUGAAAAUCCUGCCUAAUGAAGCCUGCACACAUUGAGCAUUUGCAAGCACACAGUGGGAGUUCUCAUGCAACUCUCCCAGUUCUCUAACAUGCACUCGGGAUGUGCAUGAACCUGUUCGGAGGCCCGUAAAAGGGCCUCCAAACAGGUUUGAAACUGGUCGGCUUGAAUGUUUAGCAGGGGUGGGGGUAGGACAAAGGGUGGGGGAAGGUGCAUUUACCCCUCCCCUCGCUUCCCCCACCAGUUCUGGAUUUUCGUAAAAUACCUCCCUGUGUACCUCCCUGCCGCCCCUUCUCCUUCUUCGGCCAGAAGUGGCCGGAAGUACUGGGUGGCGCACGCAUGCCAGGCACGUGCGCACACAUGUCAGAUGUGCAUGGUCAUUACGUGUGCCCGUGCGCCUACCGUGCACACACGCACCCGGUACUUCUGGCCACUUCCGGCCAAAGAGUGAGAAGGGGGGGCAGGGAGGUAUGCUGCUGCCCUGAGGCAUUUUACAUAACGGUUGUUGUGAACCGCCCUGAGACCUUGGGUUAGGGCGGUAUAGAAAUGUGUUAAAUAAAUAAAUAAAUAACUCCCGCGCUGGCGGGGAGGGAGCUGUGGGAGGGGUAAGUGCACCCUCCCCCACCCUUAAAGUCCUACCCCACACCCCUUCUCACCAAGUCCACCCAGUUCCGUGCACAGCCCUAACAUGCACACUGUUGCACAAGAGCACAAAUACUUCCAUGCACUGCCCACCUUCUGGAAAGGCUCUGAGAGGAUGAGGAAACCCAGCACCGGCCCUCAGCAAUGCGUAUCCACUCCUAGAGAGCAGUUCCAGGGCACUGGCAGCGCUUGGAAGUAUUAGGGCCCUUGAGCCACCGCAAGUGAGCUGGAGGACUGGGGUUGUGCGAGGGCUCCUGCGGCACCUGCCCGCAGAGGUUCAGAGCACACAUGCUUCAUUAGUCAGGAUGUCAGACACUGAGAAUUCGCUCAUGAGAAGUGGCACCUUGAGGAGGAAUGAUCAGAAACAGGGGUCAACAGGAUCAAGUCAUCCUAGCAAGUACCAUGUGAAAAUGAGAUAUUCUGUAAAUAAUCCGAUAACAGAAAAUGCAUUCUGUGACAAUGUAUCACCUGUAGUACAACUUUGUGAUCCAUGUAAAGAUUACAUAUGUCAUUUGUAAUAAAGUCCAUAUAUUUUAACAUUAAUAAUCUUAGUGGAUAAAAGGUA